ACAGCUAGAUCCAAAGGAAUAUCCUUUGGCUGAUACACCAACUCCUCCGGCGCUUAAACGUUUUUGCUUCGAUUUGAACGGACAACCUGCCUACAUUAGAGAGGACGAAGAUUCGGAACAACAAAUUAUCAAGCUUCAAGAAGCCUUGUAUAAUAUGCGCGCGUCUUCUACCCCAACAACGAGAACGGUCAAGAAAAGUGUUACUUCGACUCAGCAAUCAUUUAAUGAUAAUUAUAUAGAUUCUAUACCUUCUGGAGGUGGUGCUCGUAAAAGACCAGCUUCUCCUAUUGAACCAGUAAUCGAUUUCUCUGCUAACGCUCGACAUCAAAAUAGUAUAAAUACUUAUACUAAACUAUCACGAGAACGUAGGUCUUUAUCUCCUCCUCAUAAAAAAGUCCGUGCAAAACCUGUAAACUCUAUGUUGGAACAAGAAAACGAGCUGGCCUCACAGAGACAAUGGAUGGAAUUUAAUACAGAUUUUCUGGACAAUAAUAUUAGUUCAGGAAUUACAAUACCAAGAACUAAUACUCCAUUAAGUACUGUACAAGGUGAAUCAUCAACCUCAAUAAUUACUCAACAGGUUCCUACUGCAUCCAGACCUUUUAAUACUAUAUCGACUUCAAACCUUGGAAUGGAUACUCCUUCAACUACAAGAAGUACUCAUUCAUCUGCUCUUCCAUCUCCUUCACUGUCUCCGAUUACUGGUGUUUCAACCUCACGUAACACUAAUCAAUUUGAAACUUAUUUCGCUGAACAUUCCGUUCGUGACGACGUGGAUGAUGAUGAUGUCACUGUUGAUGAGCCAUUAUCUGCCAGUAUCAAUGAAAAUUGGAGUUUACAACAAACUACAACUACUGAUACAUCUAAUACUCCUAGCUUAUGGGAUUUGAACACUAUGCUUACAACGUUUGAUGCUUUACCGGCUUCAAUGAAAUCUUAUAUGUUAUUCCAGCUUCUUCGUCGUUGCCCAACAAAUACUCUCCAAUAUGUUAGUAAUAUUAUUUUACCAGCUUUAAGGAAAGAUUUUGUUGGAACACUUCCUCUUGAACUCAGUCUACAUAUAGUGAGAUACUUAGAUGCUGGAAGUAUGUGUAGGGCUGCUCAAGUUAGUAAAAGAUGGAGAAAUGUUAUUGAUGGUGAUGGUUUGACAUGGCAACGUCGCCUGAAAUUAGAUGGAUUCGGUUUAGAUGCUAAUGAGGAAGCACGUGCCAUUGCAGAAAACUGGGGACUUUUACGCCCGAUAAAAUCCACUCAUAGUAUAAAUAGACAAUUGGAUGGUACGAACAAUGAAAGUGGUACUUCAUCUUCUGAAGAAAGAACUGUUGUAGAAAUUGAUGAUGAUGAAACUGAUCAUAUGAGAGUAGUUAAUGAAGAUAAAGAAGGUUCAUCAUCUGGAUUAGAUGUGUAUAGGACUAAUCUUAGUAAUGAUAAUAUGGCAGUUGAUUCAGUUGAUAUUGACAUUUCAGAUCAAAAAGAUAGUUUGAUUGUUGAUAGUAAUAAUAAUGAAUUACAAGAUUCCGUCACUCUUUCACCAACAGGAACUGAUGAACCACCAUCUUCUUCUUCGGUUGGUACUAGUUCAUUGUUUGAAAGUAAUGAUAAUAUCGAACCUUCAGAAGAACAACCACCACUUCCACCAUCUGCAAAUCAUCCAUAUAAAGCUAUUUACCGUCGUCAUUAUCUUAUGAGACAAAAUUGGAUUAAUGGUCGGCAUAAACAUAUAUCUUUUCAAGGUCAUGGCAAUAAUGUUGUUACAUGUCUUCAAUUUGAUUCAGAAAAGAUAAUUUCAGGAUCUGAUGAUCAAUGCAUUAAUGUAUAUGAAACUUCAACGGGUAAAUUAAUUAAUCGACUUGAAGGUCAUGAUGGAGGUGUUUGGGCAUUACAAUACGUUGAUAAAACGUUAGUGUCAGGUUCUACGGAUCGAACCGUAAGAGUGUGGGACCUUGAAAAAGGCAUUUGCACACAUGUUUUCCCAGGGCAUACGAGUACAGUUCGAUGUCUUCAGAUUAUAAUGCCACAAAACGUCAAUACGAAUCCUAAUGAGCCACCAAUUAUUGAACCAACUUAUCCUUUGAUAGUUACGGGAUCAAGGGACUCCACCUUAAAAGUUUGGCGUCUUCCAAAUCUUGAAAAAAAUGAUCCUCAAUAUCAACCUAUAAUUCCAUCAUCACCAUCAGAUAAUUCACCAUAUCCGGAAAAUCCUUAUUUUGUUCGUACACUUCAGGGACAUUCACAUUCAGUUCGUGCUUUAGCAGGAGUUGGAAACACUUUAGUAAGCGGAAGUUACGACUGUUCAGUGAGAGUUUGGAACAUUAUGACCGGUGAAUGCCUUUGGCGAUUAAUAGGACAUACACAAAAAGUAUACUCUGUUGUAUUAGACGCAAAACGAAAAAGAUGUAUGAGCGGAAGUAUGGAUGGUACGGUAAAGGUAUGGAGUUUAGAGGAUGGAACAAUUGUCUGGACUUUAGAAGGUCAUUCAUCUCUUGUCGGUCUUCUAGAUCUUUCACAUGACUUUCUUGUUUCUGCUGCUGCUGAUUCUAGCCUUCGUAUAUGGAAUCCUGACGAUGGAACUUGUAAACAUGUUUUAACUACACAUUCCGGAGCCAUUACAUGUUUUCAACAUGAUGAGAGUAAGGUUAUAUCGGGAUCAGAUGGAACACUUCGAAUGUGGGAUGUUAAGACAGGUCGCCAACAACGAGACUUAUUAACUGGCUUAAGUGGAGUCUGGCAAGUUAGAUUCGAUGAGCGUAGAUGUGUUGCUGCGGUCCAAAGAAAUUCUGUAACGUGGUUUGAUGUCUUAGACUUUGGUGUAUAUGGAAUUGAAGAAGAAUAG